CUAUACAGACCAGAUAAGGACUCGGAGAUACGAUAAGCGCUUUAGAUGUUCGAUUAGCGCCAAUCGAUUCGAGUCAACUUUUCUUUUACUUUCUUCGCUGGCAACUUCUCAAUAUGACUCUCGACGUGCUACACUUCAUCGAUAAUAAGGGCGGAAAUGCUGAAGAAAUUAGGGAGUCCCAACGGAAAAGAGGUCACUCAGUCGAGAUUGUGGAUGAAAUCAUACAGAUGUACAAUGAUUGGGUGAAGAUGGAUUUCGAAGCAAAUGGGCUUAGCAAACAGGUCAAUGCUGUCCAGAAAGAGAUUUCAGCGAAAAAGAAGGUAAAAGAAUCGGCAGAUGAUCUUGUAGCGAAGAAGAAAGACCUUGAUGCUCAAGUCGAGGCAAAGCGGAAAGAAACGAAAGAAUUUGAAGCACUGAUGCGCAAGAAGGCUUCUGGUGUUGGAAAUAUUGUCGGACCCAAAGUACCUGUCAGUGACACGGAGGACGAUAACUCCAUCAUACGGACGUGGCAUCCCGCAAACGAAACUGACACACCUUCUGAACGGGCUGGAAUCAUGCCUCAUCAUGAAGUGUUACUUAGAUUAGAUGCUAUGGACCUUGAUCGAGGUGCUAAGGUUGCUGGGCAUCGAGGAUACUACCUCACCAACGAUGGAAUUGAUCUUAACCAAGCACUAAUUUCAUACGGCCUUGAUUUCCUACGGAAGAAAGGCUACAAGAAGAUUCAGCCUCCGUUCAUGAUGAACAAGGAUUGGAUGGCUAAAACAGCCCAAUUAGACCAAUUCGACGAGGAACUAUACAAGGUUAUCGCAGACGACGACGAGAAAUAUCUCAUCGCAACUUCGGAGCAACCCAUUUCAGUUUUCCAUUCAGACGAAUGGCUAGAAAAGACCCAACUCCCCAUCCGAUACGCGGGUUACUCGACGUGUUUCCGGAAAGAAGCUGGUUCUGCCGGGCGAGAUAUGUGGGGUAUCUUCCGUGUUCAUCAAUUCGAGAAGGUGGAACAAUUUAUCGUAGAUGACCCGGAGAAGAGCUGGGAAACUCUAGAGAACAUGAUCUCCAACAGCGAAGAGUUUUAUCAGAGCCUUGGGCUAAGGUAUCAAGUCGUGGGUAUUGUCUCUAGCGCACUGAAUUUGGCAGCUGCGAUGAAAUACGAUCUGGAGGCCUGGUUCCCGUUCCAGAAGGGAUAUAAGGAGCUUGUAUCGUGUUCGAAUUGUACUGACUACCAGUCUCGCCGAUUAGAGGUCCGAUGCGGUCUGAAGAACAAGGAUCAAACGCGUAAAGUUUACUGCCACAUGUUGAACGGUACUCUCUGCGCUACCGAGCGCGCCCUUUGUUGUUUGGUGGAGAACCACCAAACCCCCGAUGGUGUUGCGAUUCCUGAAGUUCUCCAACCUUACAUGCAAGGCCGCACGUUUUUGCCCUGGGUCAAGGAGCUGCCGAAGGGUCUACAGAAAAAGACUGCAUAGAUCGAUAGUCAACGCUUAGCCCUUUGUUUCUUGUGUUGACGUACCGUAUUCGUAUAUAUACUUUCGUGAUAAGUAAAUGUUCAUUCUUAGUCUGCUCAACAUCGCGAUU